AUGCUGCUGCCGCGGCUUUCCUCGCUUUUGUACCUCGCUGGCCUAGCUACCCUCCCGGUAACAAGCGCCUACAACGGCGACGAGAAUAUCAAGAGCAUUCCGCUCCGAACUCACAGUCUUGCUCCGCCAUAUCUGGAUUCGGACUUCCAAAGCCGCUGGUUCGAUUUUGGUGGUGAUACAAUCAUCCGCGCUGACAAGUACAUUCGCCUGACGUCGGAUCGGCCAUCGCAGCAGGGAUGGAUCUUUUCUCGGGUCCCUCUUACUGCAACGAAUUGGGAGAUCGAGGUUGAGUUCAAGAUCCACGGCGAAGGGAACUUGCACGGCGACGGGUUUGCCAUGUGGCUCACCAAGCAGCGCGCAACCCAGGGCCCUGUCUUCGGGUCGACAGACAACUUCGAAGGUCUGGGUAUCUUCUUCGACACAUACAAGAAUAACCGUCCCGGAACAUCAUUCCCCUACGUCAUGGCCAUGAUGGGUGACGGGAAGACGUCUUACGACCAGGCCCAUGACGGAAAGGCCAACGAAGUGGCUGGCUGUUCUGCUCGUGGUCUGCGCGGCGCUUCAAUUCCUACCAAGGCGCGCUUGACAUACUUCCAGGACAAGUCUCUGACCCUAGACUUGCAGUACAAGUCUGAGGACACCUGGACCAACUGCUUCACCCUGAACGCUCCCGAGACCAAUAUCGCCAUCCCUGCCGUUUCCUACCUGGGCUUCUCUGCCGAAACUGGCGAGCUGAGCGACAACCACGACAUCAUUUCGGUCAAUGCUAAGAACCUGUACAGCAUCGGGGGCAGCGCCGCCGCCGGCUCCGGCCGGGGCCCAGCAAACAACGGCAGACAGGACCGGGCCCACGUGAAGAUGCCCAAGGAAAAGGGCGGCUGGGGUUGGUUCCUGUUUAAGUUCAUACUGUUCCUUGGUGCCAUCGUCGGCGCGUACGUCGGUUUCACCAUGUAUCGGACCAAGCAGCGUUACUCGCGGUUUUAG